AUGAUUGCUCAAAGAUACAAUUGUCAAAUCGAUUUCAUCGAUGUGAAAGUUCAAAUUGAAAUUACAACUUUACCAAAAAGUAUAAAUUCAUCAACAAUAGAAUUAACACCGAAAUAUUUAAUUGAACAAUCGAAUCAAUUCUAUUCAAGUAUAGGAAUUUUGAAGAAAGUAUCUAUUUCAAAUUUCGAAAUCGAAAUUCAUCGAACAGAGAAUAAUCGACUACCAAAAAUAGAUAUUCUAAUUAUUUCAGCGGUUAAAGAUGCGAUAAAAGAAAGUAUUGAUCCAACAAGUCGCAGUCUUUAUUUUGAAAAUGAUAUUGGUAGAAGAAUUUUAUUUAUUCCAUGGAUGCUAUUAACUGUAUCAGAUGUAGAUGUAAAUCAGACGAAUAGUCAUCUUAGAAAAUCAACAAAUGAUUUUAUUUCGACAACAUUGAAACAAGUGAGAGCAUUUUGCAAAGAUCAAGUCAUUACUAUUUGUUUUUCAACAACUGAUUGGGAAAAUUUUUCUUCGUUUGAAGAGGGUGUGGGUGUGGGUGUGGGAGGUGGGUGUGGGGUGUGGGUGUGGGUGUGGGUGUGGGUGUGGGUGUGGGUGUGGGUGUGGGUGUGGGGGUGGGGGUGUGGACAAGGGGGAAAAAGCGGAUCCUGGUGGAUCCUGGGAUCCAUUAGGAUCCGCCAGGAUCCACUAGGAUCCAUUAGAAUCCAUCAGGAUCCACCAGAAUCCAUUAGAACUCAUUAUCAUUUAUGAAGAUAGAUUAAUGUUCUGAAUAGCCACAAAAGCAAGGAUAUCAACCAGAUUGAUAAAAUAAGGAUGCAUAAUUCAAAAUAUGUUCUGGAUGAAUCAAUGGGAGCACCAUGUGCUAUUUAUACAACUAUGACUAGUCUA